AUGUGGCUGAUUACCGGUGCCUCAUCAGGUCUAGGCAAAGCUAUUGCAUCAAACGCAUUGAAAGAAGGAUACAAGGUCAUCGGAACCACACGUAACGAAGAAAAGGCGAGACAAGGUUUCCCAGAGUUUGAAUCAAACGGAGGCAUGUGGCUCUCAUUAGAUCCUGGAAAGGAAGAUGCCUUUGAUAAGAUGAGAGAAUUUUCAAACAUGUAUAGCAUUGACGUUUUGGUAAACAAUGCCGGCUAUGCAUUCAUCGGAGGAGUUGAGGACACAAGUGAGGAAGAGAUUCGGUCUCAAAUGGAGGUCAAUUUUUACGGACCGCUUCGUCUGAUUCGCGCUAUCCUGCCUCAAAUGCGUGCCAAAAAUUCAGGAAACAUUGUUCUUAUCAGCAGCGGAGCAGGAUUUAUCGCGAGACCGGCUCGUGCAACAUACUCUGCAAGUAAAUUUGCAAUUGAAGCCAUUCAUGAAUCGUUGUCACAGGAGCUUGAGACAUUUGGUGUGAGAGUCCUGGUUGUAGAACCGGGUGCUUUCCGUACACCCUUUUCUAGUCGGAUUCUAACGCCAGCUCAAAUUGAAAAUCCUCGAGGCUUCAGCGAGGCGUACAAAGGAACCCCGGUUGAACAAAUGGUUGAUGCAACCCGUAGCAUCAGCUCUAUGUCGGACCACGUCAAGGGUGAUCCUGAGAAGGCCGCACAGGCUAUCAUAAACGCCGUUGAACAAGGUCACGACUAUCUUCGACUUCCAUUAGGUUCCGACUGUGUCUCGGCACUAGAAACCAAGAUUGCACAAUUAAAAAGUGAUCUUGAUAAAACCAGAAAAAUCGCACUGUCUACCGAUAUCUCAUAA